AUGAGGUUGAUCAAAAAAAGUAGGAAGAUUAAGAAGAGCUCGAGAAUCUCAGGUAUCGGAAGACUUUCCAAGACAGUCAAAUCCAAGGAGAAGCUCCAGGAUCUCCUACAGCUCCUGCUAGAUUCAUUCGAAUCCAACUAGAGCUUGAGCUUGAUCGAAAAAAAGAACAGGAUCAAAGUGAGCUCCAGAAUCUUGAGCAGAAGAAGACGUUUCAGACCAUAAUUACCAAGAAAAAGCUUCGGGAUCUCCUACAGCUCCUCCUAGACUCGUUCAGCUCCAUCUAGAGCUCGAGAUUGAUAUGAGUCAGAAUAUCACCAGAUCAAGAAUCCUAAGUGAAAGAAGAACUUAACAGACAAUGAAAUCCAAGGAAAAGCACCAGGAUCUUCUCCAGCUCCUGCUAGAUCCACCCAGCUCCGACUAGAGCUUGAGAUUGAUCAAAAACAGUAGGAAGAUAAAGAAGAGCUCCAGAAUUACAAGCGGGGAAAUGCUUUUCAAACCAAGAAGCCUAUGGAAAAGCUCCAGGACCUUCUCCAGCUCCAUCUAGAGAACGAGAUCGAUCAAAAACAGUAGAAAGAUCAAGAAGAGCUCUAGAAUCUCGAGCAGAAGAAGACUUUCCAGACAACAAAUCCAAUGAAAAGCUCCAGAACCUCCUACAGCUCCUGCCUGGAGCUGGAGCAGGAUCAGAAGCGGAGGGUGGAGAAGUGAGGAGGGGGGAAAGAGUGGGAGGCGGACACGUAUAUCCCGGGGAGCGAUCGUUCCGGAGACGGCGGUCGUCGGCGGCGGCGGCGGCGGCUGCUCUGAGCUCGCCAAAGUCACGCUCACGCUCACGCUCACACUGCGCGUAGUUGACUUGUGAGUGCGACGGAGCGCACUCUCUCCCCGCUCUCAACCCAAUCAAUAUCAGAAAGGCCGCUGCUGCUCCCGCUUCUUCUUCUUCUUCUUCUGCUGCUGCUGCUGCUGCUUGCUUCUGCUCGACUCCGCCCACAAGUUUUUGAGCUCAUGUCCUACGGCCAUUUCGCUCUCAGAGUUUUGAACACCUUGUUGUUCGAGUUCAAGUGGUCACUUCAGAGGUCGAACGAGGAGGAAAAGCCGCGUAAAUUGGAGCCUUGGGACGGAAAAUUUUGUGAAAAAAUAGCCGCGUCAAGUGGAGUAUCGGAAUGA